UCUCUCUGCGGCAUUAUUUUCCAUAUAACCUAGCAGACACGGUCAUAGGAGGGCAAAUUAAGUGGGGAGAAAGAGGAUGCCAGCUUUAGUGGUGGCCGUUCUAAUUAUAUUAGUAGUGAUUGUGAAGGUAGGAGUUGCACAAUCCAGCACCAACGAUAGCAAUACUAACACGCCCCUUAGAUUUUACUGUGGCAGCAAUGAUGCGAUGUCUCCUACAAGUUUUUCUAGAAACCUUCACUCUUCGUUUUCUCAACUCAGAAGCCAGUUGUCGAAAGCUGGUGUUUAUUACGCCAGAGCCCAGAACUUGGAAAACGGCGAUGCUGUGUAUGCACUCGCCCAGUGCCGGAACUAUCUCUCAGCAGCCCGGUGUUUGGAUUGCUUUGAUGUAUCCGUAUCUGUAGUCGAAACAUGUGGUUCUGCGAAUGGUGCUACUGUCUAUCUCGAUAACUGCUUUCUCAGAUUUGAGAACUACGACCAAUUUUAUAAUGACCCAGAAGGUAGUUUAGAUGCUUCUAUCGCCCCACUAGGAAUAUGUGGUAAUGAGUCAACAUUUCAGUCAAUAACAACCUUCAAUCAAGCAGUAGAGGACUUAUUAUCAGACAUUCGAGUUGCUACCCCAAGAACUUCUGAUUUCUACACAGCAUCCAAAAGGCAAGUUGGUGACAGUAAUACUACACUAUAUGCAAUUGGACAAUGUGUUGAGAAUGUGAGCCAGGUAAUUUGCAAAGACUGCUUGAGUACAUCAUAUAAUAGUUUAUACAACUGUCUUCCUGCUGCUGAAGGAAGAGCUAUUAAUGUUGGAUGUUUUAUGAGGUAUUCGGAGUUUCCAUUUUUUCAAGAUAACCAGACAAUCAACCUCAUACCUUUACUAGAUGAAGAGAGUUCAAGCAUAUUUGCCAUUAUCAUUGGAGUAAGUAGCAGUGUAGCUCUUCUUCUGAUUAUAAUUGCUUUAUCCUUGUGGUAUCGGCGAUGGAAAAAGUUCAAGGCUUUUAGAGAAGAUACAUUGGAGUUGAAAGGCGCACGAAGUUAUAGUUACCAAGACUUGAAAAAGGCAACUAAUAAUUUUAGUGAAGAGUGUUUAAUAGGAAAAGGUGGUUUUGCCGAAGUAUUCAAGGCCACUGUAGAUACCGGGGUUCUAGUAGCUGUCAAGAAACUCCAUAUGGGGCAAAGAGCAAAGAAGGAAUUUCAAAAUGAAGUUAAGCUUACAAGUAACGUUCGUCACCGAAAUCUUAUUCUACAACUAGGAUGGUGUAUUGAUGGGCCUGAACUACUCCUUGUGUUAGAAUACAUGCCCCAUGGAAGUCUAGAUAAGUUCUUAUGGGGUGAAAAAAAGGGAUCUCUAAAUUGGAAACAACGGUCUGAUAUUAUCUUCGGGAUUGCAAGAGGUCUCGCCCAUCUACAUGGAGAGUUCCAUGUCAAGAUCAUUCAUAGAGAUAUAAAGUCAAGCAACAUUCUCCUUGACGACGAAUUCCAACCAAAAAUUGCAGAUUUUGGGUUGGCUAGGUUCCAACCAGAGGAUCAAACCCAUGUUAGCACCCGGUUUGCUGGAACUAUGGGCUACACAGCACCAGAAUAUGCAACUCGUGGACAUUUAUCGGAGAAAGUAGACACUUACAGCUUCGGAAUUGUGGCCCUUGAAGUCAUUAGUGGCUGGAGGUGUUGCGACGUGAACUAUAGUGGGCCUCAAAUGAAAUACCUUCUUGAUCAUGCUUGGAAGUUAUACGAGGAAGGCUUACAUAUCAAAUUGAUUGAUGAAGCAUUAUAUCCAAAUGAAUAUGAUGAAGAAAAUGUUAUGAAGAUCGUGGAGAUAGCUCUAAUGUGCACUCAGUCACCAGCUUCUUUAAGACCCACCAUGUCUGAAGUUGUUUUAAUGCUGUCCAGUGGGCCAACUUUGGGGCAAAGACAAAUUUCUCGGCCUACCUUCAUCGAUUCCGAUAGAAGAAUUCACAUAGGUGGAUUUUCAAAAUGCCCAUGAUAGAAACGGCUACUUACCAACGUAGACAAAUACACUUAAAAGGCAACAGAAGUAAAUUAGGCAAUGGAAGGACAGUACUCUAGUACUCUGAGUCUGAAAUUUUCUUCUUCAAUUGUGAAC